AUGAAGCUCUCACUGAAACUUCAAGACCAAUCUCAACCCCACAACCACCAAAAACAACCACAAACUCACCCUCUUCUCCUCCGUGCCAAAAUCCCCAUUUCCAUUUUCAACCUUCCUUUCCUUUCUUGCUUCUCCACUACCACCCACCACCCUUCUGAUCUCUCCCUUGCUCUUGCCACCAACUUCUCUUCUGGCCCCACCCUUAAACUCUCCUACUCCACUGCCUCCCCCACCGCAACCACCACUACCCCUCCUUUAACUCUCACCCUCAAAUCUGGAAUUGGGGUUUUUGGGUCUCCCAAGAACUCACCUUUAGUCAUUUCUGCUAACUUUUCCUUUUCCCCUCUUCAACCCAAUCAAAAUCCCACUUUUACCCUUCUCUUCAAACCCCAAUUGGGUUCUUUUUCACUUCGUAAAAGCACUACUUCUGACCCGGAUUCUAAUUCUAGUGUUGUGGGCAAGCAGAAUGGUGAUGGGAAUUCAUUUGGGUUUGUUCCUUUGGAGAGGCCAUCUAGUUUUAAGGACUUCUCAGUGGAGGAUUAUGCUAAAGAUUCUGUCUUUAAGGGGAUUGCUGUGAUGGCUAAAACAGAAAUGCCUUUGACGAAAAGUGUGACGAUGGAUUGUCGUUGGGGUGUGAAUUUCCCUAAGGAUUUGGGGAACAGGAUGCCGUUUUUAAGUGUGAAUAAGAUUGGGAUUAAGAGAGUUGAUGAAGUUAAGGAGGUGAAGGAGAAGAAGGACGAGAAUUUAGGCGAAACGGAGCUGUUGAAAGGUAUGUGUUUUUGGAUGAAAAAGGAGCUGGAGAUGCUGCAGAGAGAGAAUAGAGAGAUGAAACAUAGGUUUGAGGAAACUACGAUGGGGACUGCGGUUAGGCAUGGUGCUGGUGAGAGAGAGUUUGUAGGUGUGCAGGUGGUUGAGAAUUCGAAUUCAGGGGGAUUUGAGGAGUGGAGGAAUAGGAGGAAGAGUGGGGGAGAGAAUGCAAAGAAAGAGGUGAAGAAGAAUGCUUCGGAUGGGAAUCGGGCUAGUGAUGUUGAGAGUGAGUUGCAGAAAGCUAUUAGGGCUGCUUCUUCAACGUGA